CAAGGCCCCGCGCAAUGGCGCCGCCGGGGCCGGGAGCGGAGCCGCGCUUGGCGGGGCCCGGGGGAACGGGGUAGCUUUGAAACUGGCCCAGAUGGCCAGGCUUUUUCGGAGGGAAAGGAGCAGUUCCCUGGUGAAAGUGGUGGAGACUCUCGGGACACCUGCACAGCUCUGGAGCAAGAGGUUAAGGGGGAAGAGACAAAAAAAUCUUAUUGAUUGGAGGUCCCCAUGACUGGGAACAGACAUCUUCACAUGUUCACUGUGUGCACGGGUGGAGGUGGCAGUAUCCUCACAGCAGCCUCCUGUGAUUUCAGAUGAAGAAGUUCUGCUGUUGAAGCAGUUUGGUCACAGGGGGCUCCAACAGAAAACUGCACCGGGACAACAUCACAGCGAGACGCCCACAGGCUCGAGUUCUGCUUGACAUGGCCAUGUUCUACUAGACCUGCCAUGACGGCAUUUUUUCCCAGUGUUCCCAACUGGAUUCAAGAUGCAAAGCAGGAGGAGGAAGAGACAGGCUGGAAAUUAGUCCCCAGACCAAGAGGUGAAGAAACCGAAAGUCAGGGAAAAUGCCAGUGUGAACUAUCGGAGCCCUCCUUCCCUCACGUGGACAAGCUGAGAACUCACACGCUUUCCCAUUCGGAGCAGAGGCCCUACAACUGCCCCCAGCUGCACUGUGGCAAGGCCUUUGCCUCCAAGUACAAGCUCUAUAGGCAUAUGGCCACACACUCUGCUCAGAAGCCCCACCAGUGCAUGUACUGCGAGAAGAUGUUCCACCGCAAGGAUCACCUUCGGAACCACCUGCAGACCCACGAUCCCAACAAGGAGGCCCUGCACUGUCCCGAGUGCGGCAAGAACUACAACACCAAGCUGGGCUUCAGGCGACACCUGGCCAUGCACGCGGCUGCCAGCGGCGACCUCAGCUGCAAGGUGUGCCUCCAGACCUUUGAGAGCACCCAGGUCCUGCUGGAGCACCUCAAGGCUCAUUCCAGGCGGGCUUCUGGCGGGGCGAAGGAGAAGAAGCACCCGUGUGACCACUGCGACCGGCGCUUCUACACCCGCAAGGACGUGCGGAGACACCUGGUAGUGCACACGGGGCGGAAGGACUUCCUGUGCCAGUACUGCGCUCAGAGGUUUGGGAGGAAGGACCACCUGACCAGGCACAUGAAGAAAAGCCACUCCCAGGAACUGCUGAAGAUUAAGACGGAGCCAGUGGACAUGUUGGGUCUGCUCAGCUGCAGCUCCUCUGUGGCAGUGAAGGAAGAGCUGAGUCCUGUCCUGUGUAUGGCAUCCAGAGACAUGAUGGGUGGUAAGAGCUUCCCUGGCAUGCUGCCCGUGGGCAUGUACAGCACACAUCUCCAAACCGUGCCAAGCUCAGGGAUGCCCCAUUCUUUGGUUCCUAAUUCUCUUCCAAUGGGAAUGAGCUAUCCUCUGGAGUCUUCUUCUCCCAUCUCCUCCCCACCGCAACCUCCUCCAAAGUAUCAGCUUGGAUCUACCUCAUAUUUGCCUGAGAAACUACCCAAAGUAGAGGUGGACAGCUUUUUGUCAGACUUCCCUGGCAGUCUGUCUCUCUCGUCUGGUGAUCCUCAGUCCUCUUCGCCUCAGCCACCCGCCCUGGAUGAGGCUUUGCUUUCCAAGAGCCCUGCUAACCUCUCAGAGGCUCUCUGUGCUGCUAACAUGGACUUCUCUCAUCUUCUUGGCUUCCUUCCCCUAAAUCUUCCUCCUUGCAAUCCACCUGUCUCAUCGGGGGGAUUGGUCAUGGGCUACUCGCAGGGGGAGGCGCAGCCACUGCUCACCACUUUGCAACAUCAACCUCAAGAGUCUCCCGGAGCCGGGGCCUCGCUGAACUUUGGGCCCCUUCAUUCGUUGCCCCCCGUCUUCACUUCCAGCUUGAGCACAACCACGCUGCCACGGUUCCACCAGGCCUUCCAAUAA